UAACCCCACAUUUCAACUGCUCGUCUUCCCAACCCACUCUCAGUCUCUCUCUCUCACUCACUCACUCAUAAUCCGAUCGAGUCACGCCAGUGCUCGAUCGCCGGAACUUCACCGGAGCCCCGCCGGGAUACUCACUUCUAGUCGCCGGAUUACUCAUCGUUUCCAGAAAGAAAAUGAGGGAAAUCCUUCACGUUCAGGGCGGGCAAUGCGGCAACCAGAUCGGAUCAAAGUUUUGGGAAGUGGUCUGCGACGAGCACGGCAUCGACCCUACUGGUCGGUACACUGGGAACUCCGAUCUGCAGUUGGAGCGCGUUAAUGUGUACUACAACGAGGCCUCCUGUGGGCGGUUCGUCCCUCGUGCUGUGCUCAUGGAUCUGGAGCCCGGUACCAUGGACAGCGUAAGGACCGGUCCAUAUGGCCAGAUCUUCAGGCCCGAUAACUUCGUUUUUGGGCAGUCUGGUGCUGGCAACAACUGGGCCAAGGGUCAUUACACCGAGGGAGCGGAGCUCAUUGAUUCGGUUCUUGAUGUUGUGCGAAAGGAGGCUGAAAAUUGCGAUUGUCUUCAGGGUUUUCAAGUAUGCCACUCGCUCGGUGGAGGAACUGGUUCUGGGAUGGGGACUCUGCUUAUUUCGAAGAUCAGGGAAGAGUACCCUGAUCGGAUGAUGCUUACUUUCUCUGUGUUCCCAUCGCCAAAGGUCUCAGAUACUGUUGUUGAGCCAUACAAUGCCACACUUUCUGUUCACCAGCUUGUUGAGAACGCAGAUGAGUGCAUGGUGUUGGACAAUGAGGCGUUGUACGAUAUUUGUUUCAGGACUCUCAAGUUAACCACUCCAAGCUUUGGUGAUCUGAACCAUCUGAUCUCUGCAACCAUGAGUGGUGUUACAUGCUGCCUGAGAUUCCCUGGCCAGCUUAACUCUGACCUCCGGAAACUUGCAGUGAACCUCAUUCCAUUCCCCCGUCUGCACUUCUUCAUGGUUGGGUUUGCUCCUCUUACCUCACGUGGGUCUCAACAGUACCGUGCUCUAACUGUCCCAGAACUCACCCAGCAAAUGUGGGAUGCCAAGAAUAUGAUGUGCGCCGCAGACCCACGCCAUGGUCGCUACCUCACAGCUUCAGCCAUGUUCCGGGGCAAGAUGAGCACUAAAGAGGUGGAUGAACAGAUGAUCAAUGUACAGAACAAGAAUUCUUCGUACUUUGUUGAGUGGAUUCCGAACAACGUGAAAUCAAGCGUAUGUGAUAUUCCUCCUAGAGGCCUCUCAAUGGCAUCAACCUUUAUUGGAAACUCAACCUCCAUCCAGGAGAUGUUUAGGCGGGUGAGCGAGCAGUUCACGGCUAUGUUUAGGAGGAAGGCUUUCUUGCACUGGUACACCGGGGAAGGCAUGGACGAAAUGGAGUUCACUGAGGCUGAAAGCAACAUGAAUGACCUUGUAUCUGAAUACCAGCAGUACCAAGAUGCCACAGCUGAGGAGGAGCUUGAGUAUGAGGAUGAGGAGGAAGGUGUGCAGGAGGAGAUGUAAGGAGGUGUGGGAGAUAUAAAAGUUUUUUCCUAGUGCAUUAUCAUAUACGGUGGCAAAAAAUCUACUACUUGCGGUAAUGAUGGUAAAGAGUUGGGAAAGUGCCUAGUUUUCCUCGUAGUCUGAUAUUAGUGGUUGGGAGAUAGAAAGUUGUGUGUAUGUUUGAUUUCAAACUUUACUUUCUGUAUCAGUUUCUCUAUAUUUGAAGUUUAGAGUUGCGUGGUUAGUGGUUAAAUGCUAUCAUCAAUGUUAGCUUUUCAUGGAA